AUGGCGAGCUGCUUCGGUGAAGACAAGAACCAGGUCCUCGACCAGUUCCCAUGCGACCCCAGCGGCAAAGUAAAGAGCUGCUGUUCUCGUGGAGACAGUUGUGCCAGUAACGGUCUCUGUGUUACCUCAAAUAAGGAUGCUUUGUCUCCGUACUUCAUCAACUCUUGUACGGAGGAGAACUGGGACGACCCAACCUGUAUCAGGGAAUGUCAAGGCAACGGCAACGGAGUUUCACCCUGUGGAGCAGGCAAAUUUUGCUGCUAUGGAUUCGGCGGCUGCGACUGCAAUAAUUCGACACAAGUUUUCACCCUGGACCCCGUCAAAGUUAUCACAACUAUCCCUUCAGACGCGACAAGAGUCGUGGAGGACACAUCGACCGCCAGCGAGGCCCCAACUGAAACAGGCAGCUCGACACGGUCUACAGUUACACACACAAGCACAUCUGCCGCUGAGACGUCGUCCUCAAGCAGCGGGGGAAGCAGCAACGCGUUGCCCAUCGGUCUAGGCGUGGGCAUCGGAGCAGGCGUUGUGCUAAUCGGACUCGGAGUCGGAUUCUGGCUAUGGCGACGAAAGAAGAGCCGUGCCGCCAAACCAGCUGCGGUUCAAGACGAUUAUAUGGUCAAGCCUCCUAUGGAAAACCACAAUAGCCCGAAUUACGGCCACUACCAACCCGUGAAGCCCGUUGAGAUGAGCGCGAACGCGGACCGGGUUGAACUACCAUAA